AUGAACGGACACACUACAGCUCAACUCGAUACUCUCUUCCCCGCACCUUCCCCCCCACCGAACACCCAAUGUCCUCAGAGGUGGUAUGGCGUCAACCAUGAAACCACAGCAGCCUUGCAGAAGACCUUGAAAAAGAACCACACAAAGUGGCAUAUUUUCUUCAAUGACAGGGGUUUCCACAACCAUAUCGCUCAUCAUACUUUGGCAUUGUACGCACUGGGAGCGAGCGCACCAGUCAUUGAGGCUGCCUAUGAACUCGACAGUCGUCACCAGCGCGCCCUCUUUGAAUCUCCAGAGGCUAUCACCGAAGAGAACUUCAUCGACCAUCUCGGAGACGAAAAGUUCUACAAAGCUUACCUCACAUUCUUCACCAAUGCUCUGCUCGAGAAGGGGGCAGCCGCAACGUUGGAGAAGUUCGUAUUCUCGGACGAGUACAAUUACGAAGCUCCAAACCUUAAGGACGGCCAGUCGCAGCCCAAGAUGCUCGUUCGCUUCUACGACGCGCUCAUGCACACAAUGAUUCACGUUGGCUAUGGCCUCGAGUUCGGUCUGAUGGGCAUGGUUGUGGAAGGUCUUGCCCAAGGCGCAGUCCACAAAGGAGACGCAGGCAUUCCUCUUGUAGAAGAUACUUUCAAGUCUCUGAAAUCGAGUGGAGCCGUUGAAGUUGCUGCGGCUGCUGGCAGGCUCGCGUCCCUGACUCUCGAGCAGAAGCCUUUUUAUACGCAAUGCGAAGGCCAACCCACUACUGGAACCCAUGCGUUCUCUAUAUUACAGAGCAUGCUGGCCGACGACCGUCUUACGAACAUAAAGGCGCCUCAGACUUUGCUUUCAACUCACACAGAGGCAAUGGAUAAAUACGGUGCAAUCAUUGCUGAGCACGCCGCGAGCUGGACUGUCGAUCUCAGCAAGCCUGGUGAGCUCGAGAGGAAGGUGGAAGAGCUGAGCUGGGUAAACGCCAUUUUCUACGCUAUCGGUGGAUUGCAUCUCGUAACGUCGUCACUCUUCCUCCCUGCCGUUUUGGCGUAUCUGACUCCACGUGCGCAAGUCAUUUGCCUUCGCACGUACUUCUCGUCUUCCUUGACAUGGUGGGUCGCCACCGGCCUCGCACGAUUCGACAUCCCUGCAUUCUUCUCUUCCACCUCCACGCUCCCCACGCCCCCGAGAAGCUCGACCGCAGCCAACCCCAACCCCGAUACCCUCCCUAGCGCCACCUCCCCCCACGCCAUCACGCCGAACCCAUGGCUGCCCAUCAUCCAAACCACCAUCGUCCACCCCAACGACCACUUGUGCAAGCUCCAGCGUACGUUGGCUCACUUUGAGCGGGUGUACGGAGGGCGCGCGCCUGGCUAUUUCAAAGAUUCUGGACUGGAAGGUGCCGAAUAUCUGGACGGAUCACUUUUUGUCAGAGCUGCUACGUUGACAGCAGACAGACUUGGCUGGAUGAGAGAAGGACAGGAAAAGAAGUCUUUCAGUUUCGAAGGAUUUUAUGCAAAGUAA